AUGGUUCUCGUCGACUACUCCGAGUCCGAUGCCUCAGCCUCCGAGUCGGAAGCGCCCCCAAAGCCGGCCCCCGCUCCAAAGGCGGCAGCAGCAGCGCCCAAGAAGCAGGCCUUCCAGAAAGUUGUCGACCGCUCCAACAGAGGCAAAAUCACCGUCAGCCUCCCGCAGCAGACGAGCGCGGAGCCGGGAUUCAGGCGUGGCGGGAAUGAGAAUGAGGGCUACUACGGUGGGCGAGGCGGGGGUGAUGGGGCGGCUGCCGAGGCUGUGAGCGAGGCGCCGCUGAGCCGAGCGGCCGAGACGUCGGUGUCGCAGGAGCAGAAGCCAGCAGACGAGGUCAAGCUGGGUCGGCGGGGCCCAAUCCACGACACCGUCGAGUGCGGCGACUCAAGAAACGGCCAAGACGCAAGCGGCCUCGGCUUCGGCGCCCCUCCCGCCAAAAGGUUUCUCUUCUCCUGCACAAGCCUACCCCAAGACUAUGCCCACUAUGCGGCUCAAACGCAGCACGGUGCGCCGCUGGCAACGACUGGCCCCGGCCCCGACAGCCUGGACAGCAUCGCGGACGACCUGCAGCCUCGGCGGCCGCCCGGCGCCAGCUCUUGCCGCGACGGCGGCCCCGGCCGCCAAGCAUGUCAUCAACUUCAACACGGACCAGGAGUACCAGCACAACGAGACGGCCGCGCGGCGGGCGAACAGCAAAUCCACCAGCCGUGCGCGCUGCAGGGCGGCAAACACAGCCUGCGGCAGCUCGUCCAGAACGUGCACAACCAGCGCGAGGCGCUCGAGGACAGCUUCGCCAAGGGCAAGAGCAACCGCAAGGAGGCGUCCAGCCGAUAUGGCUGGUGA